UGCCUGGACAUUCCCACGUGUGCACAAGCCCCGCCCCAAUCCGCGGCUUUCUGCGGCUUUGGCCAAUCCGCGUGCGGGGGUGGGAGUCCUGUGGGCGGGGCCUGUCCCGGGAGAGCGGGUUUAAAACUCGCGCGGGCGGCCAUGGGGCCCCGGGGUGGCGUCAUGCGGUCCCUGCUGGCGGCCAAGCUGGGCUGCCUGCUCGGGCUGCUGGUCCUGCCACUGCUCUGCGGGCUGCUCCCCGUGCGGCUGCGGGGCGCGGGUGGGUGCGGGCCGGGGUCUCCCGUGGAUUUUCCCUUUCCUGAGUUCGUCCUGACUCUUGGCUUCCUGCUGGUUCUCAUAAUCGAGCACGUAGUCCUGGACUGCAGUGAGCAGCAGGCAGGGGAGGCCACCCCCCUCCUCUCCUGUGGGGAGGCCACCCCUCAGCCAGCAGGCACUGGUGAGUGGGUGGUGGAGACGGGUGUGCCCCACUUGCCUGCAGACUUUCGGGUCCACUCGUCCUUCCGCUCCUUUGUCCUCUUCUUGUCUCUGUCGGUGCACUCGCUGUUCGAGGGCCUGGCCGUGGGGCUGCAGGACACUGAGUCCAAGGUGCUGCAGAUCUGCAUUGCCAUCCUGGUGCACAAGAGCGUGAUUGCUGUCGGCCUCUCCCUCCUGCUGCUCCAGAGCCAAGUCCCCACCCGCUGGUUUGUGGCUUUGAUUGGCACCUUCGCCCUCAUGUCUCCCCUUGGCAUCGCCGUGGGGAUCGUGAUGAUGCAGAACCCGGGCCCCGGCAGCACCAUGGCCCAGUGCCUGCUGGAAGGGAUCGCUGCAGGGACCUUUGUCUAUAUCACCUUCCUCGAGAUCCUGCCUCACGAACUCAACUCCCCAAAGUGCCGCCUGCCCAAAGUGCUCUCCAUGCUGCUGGGCUUCUCCGUCAUGGCUGCCUUGCGCUUCCUGGGCUGACGUCAUUGGCCCUGCUUGGGCAGCUGCUGGCUGUGCUCACAUGUACUGAGGCAGACGCCGGCCUGGGAAACCAUCAGCUACAGGUUCAGCCCCGGCUACCAGGGUGUCUCCUGGAGAUGGACUGGGAUGAGUUUUAGGGGUGGGAGGGUCUUGGGACUUGGGGGUGGGUUCAGGGCAGCCUGGUUUUUGCUCUGGAGCCCAAGUAGGGCCUGGAUUAAUAGUCUAGCAGUAGGCUGUUCACAAGCGUAAUGCCUGCACUUGGGCCGGCAGGUGAGGUGAACGUGUAAACUCCUGAUCACCAUCACUCAGAUGUUGUGGUGAUGGGGGGUGUUCACAAAGCAGCCCCUCCAUUUUAUCCUUUUAAACGUCUAUCGAACUGAUUUUACAAAUGGAAAUUGUGUGGUGUGCAUUAAAGACUCUGCUGCACCCAGGAAAGCCAGCUCCCUCUACUCCCUGCUGGGGGGAGGUCUGGGUUCUGGCAGGAG